UAAAUCUCUUAUAAAUAACCUUCCAUGUACACUCUCAUUUUCAUCUUCAUUCUUCAGACCUCCAGCGCACCACCACCACCACCAUUUCAGGAUCAAGACUUUCACAAAACACUUCAUAAUCUCUUAAACAAGAGACCCUUUUGGCUCUUCCCCCCAAAGCUCUCAACUUUUUCCUCAGUUUUUGUAUGGCAGUGACCCUUCUGGCAUAUGAGGUAUCUGACCUCUGUCUCGGCAAGCCGGCGCUGAGGUCUCUUUCGCUGUCUGCCUCCAUUGCUGAGGCUCUUUCCGUGCUGAAAAACUCUGAGGAUAACUACAUCAGCGUCUGGGAUUGUGAGCAUGACAAGGUGCGUGAAAGUGGUGACGCCUUUCUGUGUCAAUGCGUCGGCAAAAUCUGUAUGGUGGAUGUGAUUUGUUAUCUUUGCAAAGAUGAAAAUUUGUUGUCUCCUUCUGAUGUAUUGAAGGCACCUGUCUCUGUUCUUCUGCCUAAGGUCCGUGGACUUGUUAUGCACGUGGAACCAUCUUGCAGUUUACUAGAAGCCAUUGAUCUCAUGCUUGAAGGGGCACAGAAUCUGGUAGUACCAAUCAAGAACAGACUGAGCACAAGAAGAAAACAGCUCCAAAAGCUCUCACCAGCCACUUCAACAGGCCACAAUGGCCGAGAAUUUUGUUGGUUAACUCAAGAAGACAUAAUCCGAUUCAUCUUGAGCUCCAUUGGCCUUUUCUCUCCAAUUCCUGCAUUAUCCAUUGACACUCUAGCCAUUAUAAGUUCUGAAAUCAUUGCUGUGGACUAUGACUCCCCUGCAACAUUGGCCCUCGAGGCAAUCUCUCGCUCCCUUCUGGACCAUACCUCUGUGGCAGUGGUUGACACUGACGGCAUUCUGAUUGGUGAGAUCUCGCCAUUGACACUCAGUUGCUGUGACGAGACGGUGGCUGCCGCCAUCACAACACUCUCCUCUGGGGACCUGAUGGCAUACAUUGACUGUGGAGGACCCCCGGAGGAUCUAGUCAGGGUGGUGAAAAAUAGGCUCAAAGAUAAAGGCUUAGAAGGAAUGUUGGAACAAAUUAACAUUGACUCCAUUUUACUGUCAUAUAUGUCUACAAGUUCUUCAUCAGAUGAGGAAUCUGGGGCAAGCCCUCCAAAAACAGCAAGACCAGGGAAGCUCAACAGAUCAAUGAGCUAUUCAGCAAGAAUUGCAAGGCGAGCAGAAGCCAUUGUUUGCAGUGCAAAGAGUUCACUAGUAGCAGUUAUGAUUCAGGCAAUUGCUCAUAGAGUGAAUUAUGUGUGGGUUAUAGAGGAGAAUUGUAGCUUGGUGGGCAUUGUGACAUUUUCUGAUAUGUUGAAAGUUUUCAGGGAGCGUUUAGAGAGCAUGGCCUGAAAGAUGAGGAGCUCGUUAGUAAAUUUUUAGCUUAUCAUUCCAAGGGCCCGGGAGCUGACAUGAGAGUGAUGAAGAAGAUAGACAAGGAAAUAAAAAAUUAGUAAAAACUGUGUGAAAAUGGCUCCUUUUUGGUAUUUGUCUUUUGGUUUGUAUGGUUUUGGAACUUGUAUCUUUAAUAUGUAAUGAUCCUAAUCCUGUUAACUUGUUUCUUCUAGAAUAGCAUGUAGAGGAAAAGACAUAAAUUAUGUUUCCUUUUGUUAA